GACCCAUUCUCAGCUUGUGUAGCUCUGAGACUUUCUGUAGCUCUGAUUAUGUAGCUUUGUGGACAGGCUGCUCAUGUUUUUCUUUAAAAGGUAAUUGGUGAUAUUGUACAUACAAAGAACCAGUGUUUUGUCUAAGGAGUGAAUUCUGAAGGAAAUCAGGAGUUGGAAUGGCACAGGCAAAGCAAUAGUCCUUUGGGACCCCUGUUCAUCAGAACCUCUGAGCAAACCUGAGGUCUGCACCAAAUCUGCCUUGUAAGGGGAAACACUUGAGAACAAAUUUGCUCCCAAAUUCCUCAUCCUGUGCAAGUGCGGCUAGAACCCUCACACUGUGAGGCACUUAUCAGGGAGUUUGUGCUGAUGAAGGCCUUUGAGCCAAGCCCUCGUGGUAUUUCUCGCACCACUUGGAGCCCUCAGGUUUUCGCCACCCACAAGCCACAAUGCCGGACGGACCAGCAGAGAACACUUCGGUCAUGGAAUCUCAGAAUGAUGACAUCUCCCCAAAGAAAACCUCUGUAUUCAAGAUCUGUAAUGGCCCUGUCACGGGGUCCAGGAAGCGGCCGUCAGAGGGAAACUAUGAGAAGGAGAAGGACGUGUGCAUCCAGUUGUUUGACCAGUGGUCAGAGGCUGACCAGGUUGAGUUUGUGGAGCACCUCAUCUCCCGUAUGUGCCACUACCAGCACGGCCACAUCAACUCAUACCUCAAACCCAUGUUGCAGAGGGACUUCAUCACUGCGCUGCCAGCCCAGGGUCUGGACCACAUAGCAGAGAACAUACUGUCGUUCCUGGAUGCACGAUCACUGUGUGCAGCUGAGUUGGUGUGUAAGGAGUGGCAGCGUGUCAUCUCUGAGGGCAUGCUCUGGAAGAAGCUCAUUGAGCGCAUGGUCCGCACAGACCCCCUGUGGAAGGGCCUGUCUGAGAGGCACCAGUGGGAGAAAUACCUGUUUAAGAACCGUACAACAGAAAUUCCUCCAAAUUCCUACUAUCACUCCCUAUAUCCUAAAAUCAUCCAAGACAUUGAGACGAUUGAGGCGAACUGGCGGUGUGGGAGGCACAACCUGCAGAGAAUCCAGUGUCGCUCGGAGAACAGCAAGGGUGUGUACUGCCUGCAGUAUGAUGACGACAAGAUCAUCAGUGGCCUCAGGGAUAACUCCAUCAAGAUCUGGGAUAAGCAGACUUUGGAGUGCCUGAAGGUUUUGACAGGCCACACGGGCUCCGUGCUCUGUCUGCAGUAUGAUGAGCGUGUAAUCGUCACGGGGUCCUCCGACUCCACCGUGCGAGUGUGGGACGUCUGUUCAGGGGAAGUGCUUAACACCUUGAUUCAUCACAAUGAGGCUGUCCUGCACCUGCGCUUCUGCAACGGCCUGAUGGUGACAUGUUCCAAGGACCGCUCCAUUGCCGUGUGGGACAUGGCCUCGCCCACUGACAUCAGCCUACGCCGUGUUCUGGUCGGCCACCGUGCUGCAGUGAACGUGGUCGACUUUGAUGACAAAUACAUUGUCUCUGCCUCGGGGGACCGCACUAUCAAGGUUUGGAGCACCAGCACGUGUGAGUUUGUCCGCACACUGAAUGGACACAAGCGGGGCAUCGCCUGCCUACAAUACAGGGACAGGCUGGUUGUCAGCGGCUCCUCCGAUAACACUAUCCGGCUGUGGGACAUCGAGUGUGGGGCAUGCCUGCGUGUCUUGGAGGGACACGAAGAACUCGUGCGCUGCAUUCGCUUUGACAACAAGAGGAUUGUCAGUGGAGCCUACGAUGGGAAGAUCAAAGUUUGGGACUUGCAAGCUGCUCUGGAUCCCCGUGCCCCAGCCAGCACGCUCUGCCUACGUACACUUGUGGAGCACUCUGGCCGUGUUUUCCGGCUGCAGUUUGACGAGUUCCAGAUCAUCAGCAGUUCUCAUGACGACACUAUUCUCAUCUGGGAUUUCCUGAACGUAUCGCCCAAUGGACAGACAGAGGGGCGGUCACCUUCUCGCACCUAUACCUACAUCUCCAGAUAGCAGGAUGAACAUGAGAGCAGGCGCAGUGUGUCCUGGAAGGUUUGUCUGGUGAUUGACUGUGUCUUUUGUGGGAGAGGGGAGGCCUGUAAGUCGACAUGGCCUCCUCCUCCUCCUCCUGAUCUCCCUCCGUCUGGGUGUCUCCGCCCCCUGCUCUGAGCCCCUUAAAUAAGCCUCACAAACACAGCCUGCAUCCCCAGCUCCCCCAUCCUUAACUUGGUUUUCUCUGACAUCCCUUGCUCCCGAGUGGCCUGUACAUGCACAUUUUCUCUUAAAAACCCACACAUAUAUACACACAUGGGCAGGCCCCCAGACUGAGCGAGCGUGUGAGGGAGCCUCUACACCAGCGCUGGGGACGGCGUGAAAUGGGGCUGGGGCAGAGUUGCCUGUUUGAGCUCCGGGCCUGAGACGCACUGUGUCUGGACUUACUGUUGUGGCACAAAGGGACACAGACCCCGGGAGACCCCGCAUGUGCCCAGCGUCUCGCGCUGCCUCUGCCUCCCUGCAACUUUCCAACUUUUUUUAUUUUUAUUUUUUUUUUAUUUUUUUUUUUUUUUUUUUUUUUUUUUUUUUAAAUUCCGAGUUGUCUUUUUCUUUGUAAAGUUGUACUAAGAAUUGUAGUUCUUUUUCAUGCUCUCUUCCUCCUUAAUCUUUCAUUCUUGCUGUCUGCCUGCUUAGGUUCUCAACUACCUGUAUCUUGGAGCUGAAUUUAGCUGUAAACAGAAAUGUCUUGUCAAAAAUUGUGUUGUAUAUUGAAAUGAUUUUUUUAAAAGAAAAAACGGACAUUAUUAAGGAAUAAAGUACUUGACUGU